AUGGACAACAUUCCCCAGCGUGGUGGUCACACUGCUGCCAUCCCAGCAGCCACCACAAGUGCUCCAAUUUCCCUAGGCGAGGGCAUCUUGACCCUGAAGACCGCUGCUCCGCCUGGCGCUCCGAGUCCGCCCGUUAAAGCGGCUGGUGGAAGUCAUAUCCUCUCGGCAUGUAAGCCAAGGAACCCUAGAGCCAAAGAGCGGGUUGGGCCAAACACCGAGCGCGUCGUGGAGUUCGGGGGUUUGAAGAGGGAAUGCAUCGACCAUCGUCCCCACCGUGGUGAGCACGCUGCUUCCACCACACCAGCUACCACCAGUCCUGAAAUUUCCCUCGGCGAGAGCAUCUUGAAAUCAAAGAUCGCUCCGCCACCCAGAUCCUCGAAUGUCCACAUCGAACACCCACCUAUUAAUGCUGCUGCGGAAAACUACAUCCUUGCCACAUGUAAGCCCGAUGCACCUAGCGCCAAACAGCGACGCAGGGGAAAUACCCAAUGGCAUGUAGAGUCCGGGGUUGUUGGGAGGCUGUCCUCUGACCAGACCUUGGAUGCGUCCCUCUUCGACCAAACCAAAAUCUCGGACAUUUCAGAGCCCGAAACAAAUACCGACGACGCUAGGUGCAAAGUCGAACCUCAUCCAUUCAGCGCGCUAUUUGAGAUGCUUAACGAAUGCCCCGACGAAUUCAUAUCUGUAGAACACUUUUACGAAAACUCUAAAGACAAGAUUCCGACAAAUUUUACCAAGGACGAUUUCAAAUGA